CCUUUGCAGGGCACACUGAGAAUUCUCGUAUCUGAGAGCGGACCAAGUUUUGAGCGACAUGGCCCAGGGGAAUAAUUACGGGCAGACCAGCAACGGGGUGGCCGAUGAAUCACCUAACAUGCUGGUGUACAGAAAGAUGGAAGACGUCAUAGCACGUAUGCAAGACGAAAAAAAUGGAAUUCCUAUUCGUACGGUCAAAAGCUUUCUUUCCAAGAUACCUAGCGUCUUCUCUGGUUCAGACAUUGUUCAAUGGUUGAUAAAGAACUUAACUAUAGAAGAUCCAGUGGAGGCGCUCCAUUUGGGAACGUUAAUGGCUGCCCAUGGCUACUUCUUUCCAAUCUCAGAUCAUGUCCUCACACUCAAGGAUGAUGGCACCUUUUACCGGUUUCAAACACCCUAUUUUUGGCCAUCAAAUUGUUGGGAGCCGGAAAACACAGAUUAUG